AUGGCUUUACGACAAUGUCGGCCUCUCAUGGCCGCCCUCGGCUUUCUAAGUCUAGUAUCUUUGGUAUCAGCUGUGGACAUGACAUACUGUGCCAGCUUGAACACAGCGGAUGGAUCUGCCAACUCGAGUACCUAUCAAUCCGACGGUCUAUGCACUGAGUUUUGCAGUGGAUAUGCCUUCGCCGUCUUGCAAUAUAAGGACUGCUGGUGCAGCAACUACGUCCCCGCUUCAAGCGAUCAAGUCGACACGUCCGAAUGCGACACUGAUUGUCCAGGAUAUCCAUCAGAUACCUGUGGAGGUGAUGGGCUCUAUGGCUACAUUGGACUGAGCAGCAAUCCCUCUGGAACUAAAGGGGGUGAUAGUACGACGGCUGCUGCAACGACUACACAGGCAUCAACUGAUAGCACAACAACCGAACCUACAACUACUGCAGCAGGAGAAUCAUCAUCUACUUUGAUUUCGACAAUCACUCAAGGAGGUAGCGUGAUGACUGUGACUGUCAUGCCGACUGGAGGUGCCUCAGCAAGCUCGAGCACGGCCGAGGUUAGCACUAGUCAGAAGGGUCUAUCGACUGGUGCAGCUGUGGGUACUGCUGUCGGCGUCUUAGGAUUUGUCGGCAUUAUCUUGGCGGCCGGUUUCUUUUUCUGGUUCCGCCGAAAGAGACGUGAGCAAGAGGAGGGUUCCAUGCUACAGCACCAGAACAGCUUCCGCGGCAGCUCUGCCGGCAUCAUGAGCACACCUAGAACCGAAAUGGCCUCAGUUUGGAACGACGAAGCACAGUCUGUAGGACGAAGGAGCAGCCGCUUGAUGCCUCACGAUCCUCGGAUGGACCCAUACGCUGCCAAUAUCUAUGGUCGUUUCGACAACAAGAGCCGAGAAAGUAUCAACACUCUACGCGACGAUCAAGAUUACUCGAGGAGGGUGCUGAGAACUACCAAUCCGGAUCUGCCAGGCGACAACUGA